CCGCUUUGGUUCCACCCCACCUGGGGCGCAAGCGCCCCGCGCGGAGCGUGCCAGGGACUUCCCCAGCUGGAGGUGCAGGGCGCGCCGUUGCGCAGCAUGAAGGCAACUGGCAAAGAGGCCAGAGGCGGUGACAGGAAGAGAGCCGAGAAGACCGAGAAGACCGAGAAGCCCGAGAAGCCCGAGAAGCCCGAGGCGAAGGGGACGCGCAAGAUCCGCUUCUGCAUGUACUACCUGCAGGGCGUCUGCAAGUACACCGACGAGACGUGCGACUUUGCGCACUCAACCGAGGAGAUCGGCCCCGAGGGGCGGGCGGCGAGGAGAACAGGCCGCAAGGCGGGGCAGGCCGCGCCCGCGCCCGCGGGAGGGCCCGACGCGCCCAGGGGCAAGAACGCGGCGCCGCCCGGACGGGUUGCCGCUUCCUCCGCGCGUGCCGGGUCUUGCGCCACGUCCGCCACGCCGUCUUCGUUCACCGGAUCGUGUGCUGGCUCAUCGGGCACGGGAUCUUUCGAGGCGCCCGCGCCGCGCCCUGGCGGCGAGGGUUGCCCCGGGCCGCCCGGCCAGCGCCGCCGUGGCGGCGCGGCGCAGCCCGCGGCAGUCGGGCCCACGAGGCCCGGCGCGGCAGGACCUGGGCCUGAGCCGAUGUGGUUGGCCUCGCCCGAGCAGGUGCACCUGCAGUACCCUGGCGCCGGGGACCUGGCCGCGAUGGAGCUGUUCGCGCGCCAGCGCGAGUGCUCCCGCCGGCUCCAUGCCGGCGCGGAGCAGCGCGGCUUCCCGCCCCCGCCCGGCAUACUACCGCAUGCGGGCGCCGGCGCCGACCCGUCCAUCGGGGGCCUGCAGCGCUCCAUCGCCGACUUGUCCCAGGCCAUCAGGAACUUCGUGGCGCAGCCGUCUGCCCUCCAGGACCCGUUCGGGGGCGCCGGGCAGCACCCCAGGCAGCCCCGGGAGGGGCUGUCCGAGGCCCACAUGGCCGCGAGGUGCGCGCUCCAGGGCGUCCCGCGCGGGGGCCGCAGCGGAGCCCCGCACGUGCGCUACGACGACGCUGGCGCCGUGGACAAGCUCGCACCCAGGAAGGUCGCGGUCUCUCCGCAGCCGCUGUCGCCGGGCGGCCUCGGCUGCGGCGGCCCACUGGCGGCGGAGGAGGCGCUGUACGGGCGGCCGCCGCCGAGAAUGGCCGCGUGGGCCCCGCCAGGCCUCGGGAGCUGA